CUGUUAAACAGGAUGAUCCACUUGGUCCAGCAGCAAACUUCAGCCAUAUGUCUGAAUCUUAGUUCACAAAAUCUCAUGAUAUUAACUCCUCUCCUGCCGCCUGUUUGGACUUUUAGCCAGGUCGUCCGCCGGCUGAAUGUGAAGGAGUGGACCGCUGACAGACUGAGGAUGUGGUACUGCAGCACCCGCGGCGGGGUCCAGAACCGGGACUUCAGGGAGGUUCUGUUCUCCGGAUUCGCUCCAGAUGGAGGGAUGUUCAUGCCAGAGACGCUGCCUGCAGUGAGUCCAGAGACGCUGCGGAGCUGGAAGGGCCUGAGGUACCAGAGGCUGGUUCUGGAGGUCGCAGCCCUGUUCAUCCCAGAGGAGCUGAUCCCCAGAGACGACCUGGAGGCCCUCGUAGCUGAAGCUCUCUCUGGGUUCUCGGUUCCCGACUCGGUCCGGAUCGCCCGGCUGAAGGACGGUUUGUCGGUUCUGGAACUUUUCCAUGGAGAAACUUUGGCGUUCAAAGAUCUGGCCAUGAGCUGCACCGUCCACUUCCUGAACUACUUCCUGCGGAGAGACGGCAGCCGAGCCGUCGUCCUGGUUGGAACUUCAGGAGACACCGGUGGUUCUGCCGUCCGCAGCGCCCGGUCUCUGCCGGGUCUGGAUGUUCUGGUGGUUUUCCCUCGGGGUCGGAUCACGGCGGUCCAGGAGAAACACAUGACGUCCUGCCUGGAGGACAACGUCCACGUGUUCGCAGCUGACGGCAGCUCCGAUGACAUCGACCAGCCCCUCCGCCGCCUGUUCGCCGACCAGAACCUGGUCCGGACCCACAGCCUGAUGAGCCUCAACUCCGUCAACUGGUCCAGAGUCAUGAUCCAGGUGGCGCACUUCUUCUACGCCUACCUGGAGCUGAGCGGCCUGGGGGCGGAGCCUGGGCUGGGGGCGGAGCCUGGACUGGAGCCCGGGCCGCUGCCGGAGCUGGAGGUGGUGGUUCCGACUGGAGGAGCCGGAAACAUCGCAGCUGCCUUCAUCGCCGUCCGGAUGGGCCUGCCGCUGAAGCUGGUUGCUAUGGUGAAUGCUAACGACAUCGUGCAUCGGACGGUAACCAGCGGCGAUUUCUCCAUGGCGCCCAGCGUCACCCAGACUCUGGCCCCGGCCAUAGACAUUCAGGACCCGUACAACAUGGAGCGGGUCUUCUGGCUGCUGCUGGACCGGGACGGUGCCGCCGUGAAAACCAUGAUGGAGGAGUUCCAGCGUUCCCAUCGCCUCCGGCUGCCAGAGAACCAGCGCAGACUGCUGGCCGAGGUUCUGGUGACCGGCGCCGUGAGCGACCCGGGGAUCCUGGAGACCAUGAGGCGGUGCUGGGAGCAGAACCGGUACCUGCUGUGUCCCCACACGGCCGUGGCCGUCUGGCACCACUACAACAGAACCCACAGCGCCGCCAGAAACAGAUGCUACGUUGCUACGGCGUCUCCAGCGAAGUUUCAGGCGGCGGUGGAGAAGGCCGGUCUGACCUUUGACCCCCCUGAGGCCGUGCUGGCUUUGGACCAGUUACCCACCCGGUACCAGAACCUGGAGCGGAGUGCAGACUGGUGCAAGGACUGGGAGGAGCAACUCAGGGACUGGAUCCAGUUUGUGAGCAGAACCAGGAAGAACGGAGGAGUUUGUUACCCUGACAAUCCAUAGAGACGAUUAUGGACGACUUCCUGUCCCUCAGUGGACUUUGUCCUGAAGACGUCCUCAUGUUGGACCUGUGAUCAGAAUCCAGCCUCUAAUUAAACUGAUCUGGAGGUGAAGGACAAAUGAUGCAGAGCUAAAACUAAUUUACAUGUUUGUAUAAGCAAAGAAACGGAAACAAAAGCUGAUUUAAAAUAAAAUCAUUUUAAUGCACUUCUGAUUCCUUUUACUUUAUAGAAAUAUUAGAAAUAAUUUAGUUGUUAAUUGAGAAAUAUUUUAACUUUUACAUGUAAUUAAUUUCCAUACAUUUAUAAUAAAUCUGCUUUACAGUUUUACAUGUCAGGAUGUUUAAUAAAUGUUCAAAUUCUUAUUUAACCUGGAAUAAACUCCACACGUUUCA